CGUUUCUUGCUUCUCUUCUUCCUCUCACGGUCUACUAGUGUUUGUCUUUCAGAAAAAAAAACAGAGAGCAAACCCUAGAUCGUGUGUAAAAAUGGAGAGGAAUCUCGUGGGAUAUAGGUUUAGUCCUACGGGAGAGGAAGUGAUCAACUAUUACCUCAAGAGCAAGAUUCUUGAUAGACCAUGGCUCGUCAACGAAGCCAUUAACGAGAUCAACAUCUGUGCUUACGAUCCAGAGUUCUUGCCUUCGUUAUCGAAGCUGGAAUCGAAGGAUCUUGUAUGGUACUUCUUCACUCCCAGGGAGUACCACGCAUCUGAGAAGAAGAAGGGAACGAAGAGGACAACACCUUCUGGGUUCUGGAAAGCUACCGGCAAGGAUCGGAUAAUCAGGGACAAGAGAGGACACGGUGUUGGGAUCGGAAUCAAGAAGACGCUUGUGUACCAUCAUGGUAAAGCUGCUAAUGGAGUUGGGACUCCUUGGGUCAUGCACGAGUACCACACAACUUCCUUGCCUCUUAACCAGAGGAACUAUGUUAUCUGCCAAGUAAUGUACAAGGGUGCUGGCGGAGACAGUUUGUACGGUAAUAACUCCAAUGCGUUAAGCCACUCCACCUUGGUCUCUGACUUGAACACUGACAGAGAGAUUAACACAGCUCCUCAGGUUGAGCAACCAUGGCAGGAUCUCUUUUUUUCUGUGGAUGAUUUGGCAAACCCACUGAACGAGCAGGAUGAUACCUCUCUAUUCAAUCCAGACACGCUUUUCAACGACAACUACUGCCCUUACCAGCAGCCGCAAGCUCCCUCGGAUGAUGAUUAUAUAGAUGAACUGCUGAGUUUUAACGGAGGGAACUAUGAUGAUGUGCUACGCGAUCCAAACAUCACAAUGCACCGCAACGAUCACAGGCCAAAGAAAGCUUUGACAGGGAUCAUUGUUGAUUGUAGCAGUGAUAGCGAUGUUGAAUCCAUAUCUGCAACGAGUUACCAAGAAACAUCAAGUCCAGAUAGCUUUCAUAGUUUAAGUGCACAAUUCCACACUAGUGGAGACGAGAUUCCAUCUUUGAGGAAAGACUCCUGCACAGAUAUAAAACCUCCUGCAGAAACUUCUAUUAAUAGAAAGACCAGGAAAGCUCAUCUCACACGGCGCACGGUGAAAGAAGGCGAGUCUAAAGGCGUUAAUGCAUCCGUGGACAAGAAGUCAUCAUCAUCUAUGGUGAAGACAGAGAAGAAGGGAUGGUUUAUUACAGAGGAAGCAAUGGACAGAAGAAAUCGCAAGAAUCCACCGUAUAUCUAUCUGAUGAACAUGAUCAUAGGGUUCAUCCUCUUGGUUGCUGUCAUUGACAACAUUAUGUCGAUUUUACUAAGCGUCAAAAUUUGAACCUGCUGAUGAAAUUUGAUUGCUGAGGAGAGGCAAAGUAGAUGGAUGGAAGCACUUGUUUUUAUUUGGCUUUUUCUGCUUCUGUUUUUGUUUUGAAUGUGUAAUAAUAUAUAUAUGUGUGUAUCUGUAUGUAUGAGCAAUAGAUUGAAACUCUAUUGUUCUUUCGAACUUAUAUAUCUUACAGGUGUUUCUUGUGCCUUAAGGUAAAAGUGAAAUUUAGUAUUAUAACCUAGUGUAAGGUGCUUCUAUGCUUCAA